AGGUAUCAAACAAUUUCAAGCGAGUCGUCAUGACACCCACACUCUCUUUGCUCGCAUUAUGCAGUUCUGUGCUGCUCGUUCAAGCUCAAUUCAACUGUCCGGACAUUUCCGAAGUCUGUGACAGUAAUCCCUGUACAAACGGUGCUCGCUGUCCAAGAUUCCUCAAUUCUGAAUGCAGAGUGAACACUUGUGAUGGAAUAUGCUCACCAAUUUUCUUCUUUCGAGGACGCAAUGUCACAAGUCGAUGCGAAACGCUCCGAACAUGUGUGUCGAGAAGAUGUCCUCCUCGUAGGUCGCAGUGUGUUGAUGAGGUAGUGGAGUCUUGCAACAGGAGAGGCCGGUGCAGACAGAGGCUUGAAGGAAGAUGUAUAGUACCUCCCACAACACAGCAACCCAAUACAGUCUCAACUUCAGCCACUCCCCUACCAACUGACAGCACCCCCUUCACUACGUCACCAACAGGGAAUCCAUUUACUACCAACCCUUCACCGACUACACCGACUAAUUCUUCUUUAUGUACCCAAGACUGUUCCAGUUUGGGUCUGCAGUGUGUUCCAAUUUCGUCUACUGUAAAUGGCGUAACUAUAGUAACUGGGACAUGUUUGUCACCGAUUGGACGCAAUUGUGAAGACAUUGAUUGAGCUGAUAAUCAAGAGUGUAGUAUACAAUCGUUUCCUGAGAGAAAUAUAACAUUUUCACAAUGUACUCCUUCUGAUAAUUCCACACAAAUGAUGACUAUGUUCUCAUGUGCAACAACACAAUGCCCUGAGGGAACUGUGUGCAUUGAUUUACGUUCUGGAGACAUGCAAGUAACGGGGAUAUGUUUAGCAACAAACUGUGCGAACACUAACUCUUGUCAGUCGGGUGAUGUCUGCACAUUAGUUCCAGAUGAAUUUAGAUUGGACAAUAUCAGUUCUGUCUGCGUUCCAGGUUCUGUUCAGUUCCAGCUUGGAACCGAGACGUGUGAGCAAAGUGAUCGUGUAUGUCCAAGUCGUACGAUUUGUCAAGAAGUAUUUCUUGAUGACCUUCCUGGUACCAUUUGUGUGCUUAGUCAACCUCCUGCGGAUUGCAGUCAAGUUAACUGCAGAGAAGAUGAAGAGUGCUUAGUAGUAACGUCUUUUGCUUCACGCUCUUCAGUUAGCUGUCUUCCGAAUAACACUUUCCCUCUCCUCUUACAAAUUUUGGAAUUCCUUGGUAUAGUGGAAAGUUCAACAGCAACUCCUACUUCAGUUACCUCAACAGAAUUACUUACAACCCUCUCCGGCACUCUUGUUCCACCAACACCCUCGUCAAAUACGAGUUGUCCCUUCACUUGCUCGUUUGGAACAACUUGUGAGUUUUUAAAUGGAUUCCCAACCUGUGUACAACCAACAACAUGCACAGACGAUUUUACUGCAUUCUGUAUGCAAACCGGUUCUGUCUGUCGAGAAUCCAAUGGCACAUCACGAUGUGUUUCUCCAAGCAGUUGUGAAGAACUAGCGACUGUGUCACCAUGCCCUAAUGGAUCGCAAUGUGUUGUAAUACCUCCGUUUGUAUUUCCAGGCCUUAAUGAUACCACAGCAACCUGCUUGCCUCUGAUUGGUCGUAGCUGUGAAGAGAUAACUUGUAGUGAAAAUGAAGUGUGCUUAGUGACAGAGCUAGCAGAGAGGGAAUUGACAGCUGCUCAAUGUGAACUAUCCCGAAAUGUAAUCUCUCUUAUACCUGAGACGUGUGCUACUCUGCAAUGCAACGAGGGAAGCGUGUGUGUCGAUCUACAGAUAAAUGGAUUCCCUGUGACAGGUGCAUGCCUAGAAACAAACUGUGGAAACAGUGGAAAUAACACGGAAUGUGAUGGUGGUAGUAGGUGCAUCGAGGUGCCUUCCGAAUUUGAAAUACCGGCAGAAUCGUUGUGUGUUUCUUUUAAUGUGGAUCCUCAGCUUGGAACUCAGACAUGUGCUGAAAAUGGACGAGUCUGCGAGUCGUUCCAAGUUUGCAACGAGGCAUUCAUUAAUGGUAGUAUAAUUGGUACGGCUUGUAGCCAGUUUUCAAGUAUCAUUGCUUCAACUUGCCAAGCCUCCAUGUGUGAAGAUGGUGAAGAAUGUAUACUUACAACAGUUGAGGGCUUUGGGACAGUGCAGAAUUGUUUAUCUACCGAAGCUGCUGAUACAUCAGCAAUGUUUUUUGAGUUUAUUUUCGCAAACAUUUAAUCACAUUUUUGCAUACCUCUUUUAUGGUAGCUAUACAAA